GUCCAGGAAAAAAGCGAUUUUGGACAGGAUUGAACAACUGAAGCGGGGCUUGCGUCAGCGUGGUGUGGUCAGUCUUCCAGAGGAGGAGGCAGCGGCCCAUGCGGCGAACACCUCUGGUGCAAGAAGUCCUAGUCCUUCCCGGUUUGCCCCUUAGGAGAAAAAAGGGAAAUUGGAGAUUGAGAAUUCAUAUUUUUGCAUUUACACACCGUGGGCUGUAAUUACUUGUGCAAUUUCUAUCUUGUUCUAAAGAAUUCGUAUUCGUUUUUUUGUUUCUGUUCUUGGGUUGCUUGAGAACGAAGAUAGACGACAUACAUUUUUAUCGAGGAAUUAUAUACAACUCUACUUCUAGAUCAUGAUAGAUUGUAGUUGAGCAACACAGAUAAUAUUCCCUGCUUUCAUAUGUUGCCCGGAAGCACGACCACUGGUGCUCUUUUAGGAAGUAGCAGGAUAAAUGCGAAGAAGUUUGUGGAGAGUAGUGCUGCUCCAUCACCGAGCCUGCAGCUGCGUCGUCCGGGUAUCCAAGUGGGUGGUGAUAGUGCCGGGGCGACUUCGUUGAAUAGGCUAAGUGCCUCCUCACUAACGGAGAGCCGGAAGAAGUUGCUUGUCUCGCCAUUAGUUUUGGCACCAGAGUAUUUCGGAGGAGGAGGUGAUACACCGGGGACGGCAGUUGCGCCUACAUCAACUACACUACUGGAGGAUAAAACCAUAACCAUCACGGGCGCCACAAGAGGGGCAAGUAAAACAGCAGGCGGCGUAGAGCCCCAAGUAGGAGAUUCUGUUUCAUCUACAACAGGGGGCGCAGCACUUGUUGGUCCAUCUAUGCCCAUCAUGCACAAGCCUAUGCGCCCAGCAAACGCAACGUCAACACCAGGCAUCUUCAAAUUGUCGAAUCCUGUUUCAGCGACUGCAACUACUAUGGGCGCAGGCGGAAGGGGACUUCAAACCAGCGGUCCUCUCCAGCUGUUCUCUUCGACGUCGCGUUCCGCAGCCCCCGUGCAACCCGCUGCUAAGCCUGAAGCUGCAGUAGAACCCUCGUCGGCCUCUCUUGUCGUCGAACCUACAGCGAGUGCGAAAUCUUCAACCCAAGCGGGAAUGAAG